CCAUUGACCCUGUUAUUCGCUCCAUUUUUCUCAACAAGUGGGUUAAAGGUCGCGCUUAAUUCUUACUCAACACAGUUGCAACCAGUUACGCAAUUGAAAUACACACACUCUGUACAAACGACUUUGUCUAAAAAUGGCUAACCCUGUGGUGCAAAUCCAUCAAGGCCAACUCAAAGGCCAAGUCGAAAGCGACUUCCAAGGAACGCCUUUUUUCAGUUUCAUGGGUAUUCCCUACGCCCAGGCACCCACAGGAGAGCUGCGGUUUAAGUCACCACAAGCACCAAGCACCUGGGACGGGAUAAGGGACGCCACUAAACAAGGAACGCCGUGCCAUGCCCUACAACUACUACCAACCCCAGAAAGUCUGACGUUGAAAGCCAUGGGUUCCGAAGACUGUCUUUUCCUAAACGUCUACACCAGAAAGGUCCCAAAUGACCUUAAACCCGUCAUGGUGUUCAUCCACGGUGGCGCCUUCAUCGCUGGGUCCAGCGACCGGGCGAUGUACGGUCCCGAGUUUCUAAUGACCGAGGAUAUAGUUUUGGUCACCGUGAACUACCGACUAGGGGCUCUAGGUUUUCUGACCCUUGACGACCCUUCGUUGGACGUUGGCGGAAACGCGGGCCUUAAAGAUCAAGUGCUAGCUUUGAAGUGGGUACAAAAGAACAUCAAGGAGUUUGGUGGUGACCCAAACAAUGUCACUAUUUUUGGGGAAAGCGCGGGUGGAGCUUCCGUACAUUACUUAGUCCUGUCGCCUCUGACUAAAGGUUUAUUUCACAAGGCUAUCAUUCAGAGUGCGAGUGUUUUGUGUCCCUGGGCUCGCGGUACCAAUGAUGCCGAAGCAUUAGCCAAAAGCUGCGGGUUUUUGGAAACAGACCCUUCCAAAGUGCUACAAUUUCUGACGCAACUACCAGUCGAGCAACUUCUAGAAGGCCAGAUUAAGUUGGGUGAUUGGUUGUACCCAGGGAAAAAACGCAACGUGGGUCCUACCGUUGAAGCCAAACACGCUGGUGCAUUCUUGACUGAAGAACCGGAUGACUUGAUUAAGUCGGGUCGUUACAACCACGUGCCUUUAAUGUUUGGAUAUACGUCGCUUGAGGGGUUAUUCGAUGAAGGGAAUAAGUUGCUGGGGUUUCAGUCCAACUGGGAGGAGUUCGUUCCCUACUACUUCGACUGUGACGUCGUCGAACGAAUCAAUCAACAAAUUUCGAAGUUUUACUUUGGGACGGACAAGGCAAACCCUGAUGAUAAGAACGCGCUAUACACUGUUUUAACCGACGCCAUUUUCCUUCGUGGUAUCCAUCUUGCGGUCAAAGCGCAUGCGCAGUCGUCACAACGCCCACUCUACUAUUAUAGAAUGUCGCUGGACACGAGUUUAAACACGAUCAAGAAUAUGUUGAACCUCAAAGUCAAAGGUGUGUGCCACGGCGACGAUUUGGGUUAUCUUUUCAAAUCGGGACACCCCACUCUGGAACCAGGGAGCCUUGAGCAAAAAUCAGUCCUUCGGUUUGUUAAAAUGUGGACGAAUUUCGCACGGACUGGCAAUCCGACCCCAAUUGAAGACUCCUUGGUGGACGUUCAAUGGAAACCCGUGACCCCAAACCAGCUCAAUUUUCUGGACAUAGGCACCGAUCUCGUGGUUGGGGUUGAUCCCGAUAUUGAUAGGAUGAACUUUUGGGACGAAAUAAGUCACGGGGUGACGGAACGUCGUUGAUUUUUACCUAACUAAAUUUAUUUUUAUUGCGUACACAUAAAAAUAAAAUAAAAAAUUUGGGUAGGUAGGUACACCUAAGUAUCACAAUUACUGGCAGUCACAAUAAAAUAAACUAUUAAGUACA